AGCCGGUGACGUCUGCUCCGGCAUCGCCGAGGGAGGAGAACGGGCGGCAGAGCGCGGGGCCGGCUCCGGGCAGCGCGGGGGUCCCUGCCGGCCAUGCGCCCCCCGGGCCGGCCGGGGGGGCCGCCGGGGGACGGGGGGCUCCGCUGAGCCCCAGCCAUGGAGCCGCGCCGCUGGCCGCUGCUCUGGGGCGUCCGCGCGGUGCUGGUGCACGUCACCGUGCUCACGGCGGGGCAGCGCCCGCAGGAGAGACCCCCGCGGCCGGCGGGAUGGUCGCCGGGCCCCUCAUCCUCGUGGGCGCCCACCCUGGAGCCGGGAGCGCCGGGGGACGCCGAGGGCUCGGCGGCAGCGCUGGCGUUCCUGCGCACGGGGGAUGCCCAGCGCCUGGCCCGGGCCAACUGCAGCGGGGGGGUCGCGGCGGGACCCCCCGGCCCCGGGCCCCCCCCGGCCCUGCGAGCCGCCCUCCGGGCCGCCCCCGAGGCGCUGGCACACACCGCCAACUUCCUCAACAUGCUCUUCCAGACCAACGACAUCCGCGAGGCCAGCGUGGCCGAGGACGUGGAGUGGUACCAGGCGCUGGUCCGCAGCCUGGCCGAGGGGCACCCCUGGGUGCGCCGGGCGGUGCUGGCCCUCGACGCCCACCCGCUGGCCCCCAAGCCCCGGCUGAUGCUCCAGGCCACCAAGGGGGACGGGCAGAUCCUGCUGCAGGACGUCUCGGCCUCCGCCCCCAGCCUGGGCAACCUCAGCUGGGACAACGAGUGGUUCAACGCCCUCAAGUCCCAGCGGACCCCCCAGCUCCGCAAGCGCGUGCUCAGCAACGACCUGCGCAGCAUGGAGACCCCCAAGUGGCAGCGGGGGGACAGCUACGUGGGGGACCCGGGCCACGUGAGGUGGUCGCCGCCGUUCCUGGAGUGCCGGGAGGGCAGGUUCCUGCCCGCCUGGGCGGUCACGCUCUCCUCCGCCUUCUACGGGCUCAAGCCAGACCUCAGCCCCGAGUUCAAGGGUGUGGUGCGGGUGGACGUGGAGCUGAGGGAUGUGGCCAUCGACCAGUGCGCCAGCGGGCCGGGCUGGUUCUCUGACACACAUCGCUGUGACCUCAACAGCACCCAGUGUGUGCCCCAGGAGAGCCGUGGCUUCGUCCUCGGGAGGUACCUGUGCCGGUGCAGGCCGGGCUUUUAUGGGGCCGGCGGAGUGGCCAGCGGUGCCUGGGCAGGGCCGGACGGGGGGUCCCGCCUGGCGUGCUGGCCCUGCCGCCCGGGCUGUGCCACCUGCGAGGACGACAAGCCGUGCCUGAUCCAGGAGGACCCGGUGCUGCGGGCGGCCGUGCUGUCGUGCCAGGCCUGCUGCAUGCUGGCCAUCUUCCUCAGCAUGCUCGUCUCCUACCACUUCAGACGGAGCAAGAGGAUCCGGGCAUCGGGAAUCAUCCUCCUGGAGACCAUCCUCUUUGGAUCCCUCCUCCUCUACUUCCCCGUGUUCAUCCUGUACUUCAAGCCGAGCAUCUUCCGCUGCAUCGUCCUGCGCUGGGUGCGGAUGCUCGGCUUCGCCACCGUCUACGGCACCAUCACCCUCAAGCUGUACAGGGUGCUGAAGGUGUUCCUGUCCCGCUCGGCCCAGCGGGCGCCCUACGUGUCGAGCGGGCGGGUGCUGAAGUUGCUGGCGCCCAUCCUGCUCCUGGUGCUGUGGUUCCUGGCGGCCUGGACCAUCGGGAUGCUGGAGAACGUCAACAAGAACAUCCCGCUGGUGGUCCGCACCCAGACCACCCACGGGCUGCACUUCUACAUCUGCGGCCACGACUGCUGGGACUACAUGAUGGUCAUUGCCGAGAUGCUGUUCCUGCUGUGGGGCAGCUUCCUGUGCUACGCCACCCGGGCCGUGCCCUCCGCCUUCCACGAGCCCCGCUACAUGGGCAUCGCCCUCCACAACGAGCUCAUGAUCUCCGCUGCCUUCCACGUGGUCAGGUUCAUCAUCAUCCCCUCCCUGCAUCCUGACUGGACUCUGCUCCUCUUCUUCGCUCACACCCACGGCACCGUCACCAUGACCCUGGCCCUGCUCUUUAUCCCCAAGUUCCUGCACAGGGGCUCUCCGCUGCGGGAGGAGAUCACGGCCGAGGUGUACGAGGACGAGCUGGACAUGCGGCGCUCGGGCUCCUGCCUGAACAGCAGCAUCGCGUCCGCCUGGAGCGAGCACAGUCUCGACCCCGAUGACAUUCGGGAGGAGCUGAAGAAGCUCUACCGGCAGCUGGAGGUGCACAAGACGUGGCGGAUGGCGACCAACAACCCCCACCUGCCCAGGAAGCGCGGCUCCCGCCGCAGCCUCGCCCGCUCCAUCCUGCGCCGCGGGGCCGAACCGCCCGAGGCCCCGUCCCGCCGGAGCAGCGCCGGGGACCGCGGGAGCAUCCCGGGCCGCCGCGGCUCCUCCGCCAGGCGCCCGCUGGACGCCGGCGGCACCGGCGUGAGGAUGCGGGACGAGGGAUCCCGGCGCCGCUCCUCGGCCCUGCGCAAGUCCCGCAGCUCCGAGGGGCCCCCCCGAGGGUCGCCCGGCCCCGGCAUCCUCCCCGCCGAGGAGCCCUCGCCGGGGAGGGAGGAGAUGGACGUGACCUUGGAGCAAUCCGACAGCGACUCCCUGGACGCCGCCCCGCUCGUGUGCAAGUCGGCCAGCGCCCAAAACCUGUCGGGGCACUGGCAGAGACCCCCGGCCCGGGCGCCCGCCCUGCAGAAGUCACACAGCGUCGUCACCGGGGCGCGGGAGGAGGCCCUGCUGGCGGCCAGCAGAGCCGCCCGGGAGGGCUGGCACAGCAGCAGGCAGCUCUCGGCCCCGGCCUCGAGGCACCCUCCCGGCCGUGCCCCUCCCAGGGACGCCGGGAAGGCCAAAAUCCCCGGCAAGAGCUGCUCCCAGGAGGACACGUCCCCCCUGGGCGAUGCCAAGGUGCAGAAACACGUCACCUAUGCGCCCACCAAGAGCAUCAGCAUCGACAGCGCCCACCCGCCCAGGAAGGUGCGGGUGGCCGUGAGGAAAACGCCCCCCGUGCCCCCCGUCCGCUACGAGAGCCUGGGGAGGCACUCGGUGCCCGCUGGGGACUCCCUGGAGCCGGCGGAGCCACCGCGGGACCCCCCGGCACCGGCGGGAGAGGCGGAGGGGACACCAGAGGGGAUACCAGAGGGGACACCGGAGGGACACCCGGGGCGCUCGUCCCCCCCCGCGGGGAAGGGCGGGCUGCUGAGCCCACCCCCCAUCUCGGCCCAGGUCUGUCCCUGGGAGCUGAUCCAGGACGAGAUCCUGAGCAGGAAACAAAAAGCCGCCGAGGCAGCAGACUCGGGGACCGCCGGUGACACGGAGACCCCCGAGCCCAAACCGCCCCCCGCCAAGACCUUCCGGAGCCUGGGCCUGGCCAUCAAAGCCCUGAACCGCUCCCGGGGGAAGAGCGUCCUCAGAGGGAGGAGGGAGAGCGAGGGGAGCUUCAGGAGGAGGGGGAGCAGCAGGAGGGAGAAGUCCAGCCUGGCCGAGGCUUCAGCCACGUCCCUCGGGGGGACCGGCCCGGACCCCGCUGCCAAAAGCCCCGAGGGGGGCAGGCAGAGGCCAGAGCCCCCCAGCCGUGGGUACACGGUGCCCUGCCAGCACAACAACAAUGCUGCCACCCCCGGGGAAGCCACGGGCUGGGGGGACAGCGGGACAGAAGGACACUGGGACGGUCUGGCACCAGGGACAGCUGGUGGGGACGAAGUGGCAGAGCAGCCCAGUGGGAAAACACAGGUGGAGCCCCAGGAAGGGGACGGGGCUCCUGGGGUGGAUCCAGGGAAGGACGUUCCUGCAGUGGAUCCAGGGAAGGAUGUUCCUGCAGUGGAUCCAGGGAAGGAUGCUCCUGCAGUGGAUCCAGGGAAGGGUGCUCCUGCAGUGCAUCCAGGGAAGGAUGCUCCUGCAGUGGAUCCAGGGAAGGAUGUUCCUGCAGUGGAUCCAGGGAAGGAUGUUCCUGCAGUGGAUCUAGGGAAGGAUGCUCCUGGGGUGGAUCCAGGGAAGGAUGCUCCUGCAGUGGAUCCAGGGAAGGAUGCUCCUGCAGUCACGCUGGAGGAAGGAACAGCCAAAGGGCUCCAGGGGAUCAACGGAUCCAUCCAGCCCCAGGAGCACACGGAGGAGGAGCAGCCACCUGCAAAGCCCACCCCAAGCAGCCCCCAGCCCUCCACCACCAGCGUGCAGGGAGAGGCCAGGGGGAAGCCGGGGGCUGGGGCUUUUCUCCCAGGAUCCCUUGGAAUUCCAGCGGGAAGGGGAGCUCUGCUGCGCCAAGAGGCCGUUGCUUCCCGGGAGGACGGGGGGUUCCCGGCGGGUGAGGAGAGCCCGGCCAAGGCACUGGAAAAGGGGAGCAGCCAGGCUGAGCCCCUCGGUCCUGGGGGGAGCCAGGGCACUGCCAGAGCCUGGGAUGCAGCGGGGAAAGCUGGGAGUGUGCCCAAACCUUCAUCCCAGCAAGCUGGAUCCGUGGACAGCAAAAAGGCCACCAUCUGUCCGUGGGAAGUGGAGGAUGAGCCACGUCCUAGAACAGAAAUCUGCCCCUGGGAAGAGGCUGCAGCUCCAGCAGGGAAGGAGGGAUUGAGGCAGGACACCUCCAAAAGGGAAGGCAAGCCAGGAUCCAGAGGAGUGGGAGAUACCAAAGCAAGGACGGGCGGCCGUUGGGAACAGCGCAGGGACACCGGGAUGUUUGCAGAGCUCGUCAGGAAAAGCCUGGAAAAAGCUGAGUCCAAGAAAUCCCAGAGUAUGGAGAGCAUAAAGGAGAUCUGUCCCUGGGAGAGCCUGGGCACUGAGAAGCCCCCGGAACAACCCCCUGCCAGGAGCACAGCACUGCCCAAAUCACCUUCCAGGAAAUCCCAGAGCACGGAGAGCCUGAAGGCAGAGAUCUGUCCUUGGGAGGCUCAGGAGCCCAAAUCCAGUGACAAAGCCAACAUCUGUCCCUGGGAAGGGGCUGAACCUCCAUCAGGUAAAGAGAAUCUCAGACCAUCCACUGUGAGCAAAAGCCCUUCUGCAAGUCAGGGUCUCUUGAAAGAAACUGGAGUUGGUGCAUCUGGAAAGGAGGAGAAAGCAAAGGGAGACCGUGAGUCCGUCUGUCCUUGGGAGAGCACAGACAUGGAGCAGCCACAGGCCAAACCCCACACUGGGAGCAUACAGCCAUCAAAGAAAUCAGCAGAGAUCUGUCCUUGGGAGGCCCAAGAGCCCAAAUCCAGUGACAAAGCUGAAAUCUGUCCCUGGGAGAGCACAGAGCAGCCCCCGGGCAAACCCCGUGCAGGGAGCACAGAGCCUUCAAAGAGAUCCCAGAGCAAGGAAAGCCUGAAGGCAGAGAUCUGUCCUUGGGAGGAUCAGGAGCCCAAAUCCAGUGACAAAGCUGAAAUCUGUCCCUGGGAAGGGGCUGAACCUCCCUCCCAGCAGCCAAAGGCAAAGCAGGGUUCCCAGGGGGGCUCCAGGGGGGACAAGCGCAUCACGCGCCAGGCAGCGCUGGCCAGCCCGGAGAGAUCCCCAGGGAAGGGCAGCAGGGACAGGGAGGCUCUGUGUCCCUGGGAGAGCCUGGGCACACAGGAACCCUCGGGAACAUCCCAUGUCGUGGGCACAGGGCUGCCCAAGUCACCAUCAGGGAAAUCCCAGAGCACAGAGAGCCUGAAGGCAGAGAUCUGUCCUUGGGAGGGUCAGGAGGUCAAAUCCAGUGACAGAGCAGAAAUCUGUCCCUGGGAGGGGGCUGAAGCUCAGCUGGACAAAGGAACAGCCCCAGGGAAGGACAGAGUCCCACCAAAAGAAGUGGCCACCUCCAAACCUGUGGAGAAGGGGAGCAGAGACCGUGAGUCCGUCUGUCCCUGGGAGAGCACGGACAUGGAGCAGCCACAGGCCAAACCCCAGACCGGGAGUCCGUCUCAGCCCCCGGGCAAACCCCGUGCAGGGAGCACAGAGCCUUCCAAGAAAUCCCAGAGCACGGAGAGCCUGAAGGCAGAGAUCUGUCCUUGGGAGGAUCAGGAGCCCAAAUCCAGUGACAAAGCUGAAAUCUGUCCCUGGGAAGGGGCUGAACCUCCCUCCCAGCAGCCAAAGGCAAAGCAGGGUUCCCAGGGGGGCUCCAGGGGGGACAAGCGCAUCACGCGCCAGGCAGCGCUGGCCAGCCCGGAGAGAUCCCCAGGGAAGGGCAGCAGGGACAGGGAGGCUGUGUGUCCCUGGGAGAGCCUGGGCACACAGGAACCCUCAGGAACAUCCCAUGUCGUGGGCACAGGGCUGCCCAAGUCACCUUCGGGAAAUCCCAGAGCCACAGAGAGCCUGAAGGCAGAGAUCUGUCCUUGGGAGGGUCAGGAGGUCAAAUCCAGUGACAGAGCAGAGAUCUGUCCUUGGGAGGGUCAGGAGGUCAAAUCCAGCAACAGAGCAGAAAUCUGUCCCUGGGAGGAGGCUGAACCUCAGCUGGAGAAAGCAGCGGCCCCAGGGAAGGACAGAGUCCCACCAAAGUCCUCCAAACCUGUGGAGAAGGGGAGCAGAGACCGUGAGUCCGUCUGUCCCUGGGAGAGCAUGGACAUGGAGCAGCCACAGGCCAAACCCCACACUGGGAGCAGAGAGCCAUCAAAGAAAUCAGCAGAGAUCUGUCCUUGGGAGGCCCAAGAGCCCAAAUCCAGUGACAAAGCUGAAAUCUGUCCCUGGGAGAGCACGGAGCAGCCCCCGGGCAAACCCCGUGCAGGGAGCACAGAGCCUUCCAAGAAAUCCCAGAGCAAGGAAAGCCUAAAAGCAGAGAUCUGUCCUUGGGAGGAUCAGGAGCCCAAAUCCAGUGACAAAGCUGAAAUCUGUCCCUGGGAAGGGGCUGAACCUCCCUCCCAGCAGCCAAAGGCAAAGCAGGGUUCCCAGGGGGGCUCCAGGGGGGACAAGCGCAUCACGCGCCAGGCAGCGCUGGCCAGCCCGGAGAGAUCCCCAGGGAAGGGCAGCAGGGACAGGGAGGCUCUGUGUCCCUGGGAGAGCCUGGGCACACAGGAACCCUCGGGAACAUCCCAUGUCGUGGGCACAGGGCUGCCCAAGUCACCCUCGGGGAAAUCCCAGAGCACAGAGAGCCUGAAGGCAGAGAUCUGUCCUUGGGAGGGUCAGGAGGUCAAAUCCAGUGACAGAGCAGAAAUCUGUCCCUGGGAGGGGGCUGAAGCUCAGCUGGACAAAGGAACAGCCCCAGGGAAGGACAGAGUCCCACCAAAAGAAGUGGCCACCUCCAAACCUGUGGAGAAGGGGAGCAGAGACCGUGAGUCCGUCUGUCCCUGGGAGAGCACGGACAUGGAGCAGCCACAGGUCAAACCCCGUGCAGGGAGCACAGAACCCUCAAAGAAAUCCCAGAGCAAGGAAAGCCUGAAGGCAGAGAUCUGUCCCUGGGAGGAUCAGGAGCCUAAAUCCAGUGACAAAGCUGAAAUCUGUCCCUGGGAGAGCACGGAGCAGCUCCUGGGCAAAGCCCGUGCAGGGAGCACGGAGCCUUCCAAGAAAUCCCAGAGCACAGAGAGCCUGAAGGCAGAGAUCUGUCCUUGGGAGGCCCGGGAAGUCAAAUCCAGUGACAGAGCAGAAAUCUGUCCCUGGGAGGAGGCUGAACCUCAGCUGGAGAAAGCAGCGGCCCCAGGGAAGGACAGAGUCCCACCAAAGUCCUCCAAACCUGUGGAGAAGGGGAGCAGAGACCGUGAGUCCGUCUGUCCCUGGGAGAGCACGGACAUGGAGCAGCCACAGGCCAAACCCCGUGCAGGGAGCACAGAACCCUCAAAGAAAUCCCAGAGCAAGGAAAGCCUGAAGGCAGAGAUCUGUCCCUGGGAGGAUCAGGAGCCUAAAUCCAUUGACAAAGCUGAAAUCUGUCCCUGGGAGAGCACGGAGCAGCUCCUGGGCAAAACCCGUGCAGGGAGCACAGAGCCUUCCAAGAAAUCCCAGAGCACAGAAAGCCUGAAGGCAGAGAUCUGUCCUUGGGAAGCUCAGGAGCCCAAAUCCAGUGACAGAGCAGAAAUCUGUCCCUGGGAGAGCACAGACACAGAGCAGCUCCUGGGCAAACCCCGUGCAGGGAGCACAGAGCCUUCCAAGAAAUCCCAGAGCACAGAGAGCCUGAAGGCAGAGAUCUGUCCUUGGGAGGAUCAGGAGCCCAAAUCCAGUGACAAAGCUGAAAUCUGUCCCUGGGAAGUGGCUGCACCUCAGCUGGACAAAGGAACAGCCCCAGGGAAGGACAGAGUCCCACCAAAGUCCCCCAAACCUGUGGAGAAGGGGAGCAGAGACCGUGAGUCCGUCUGUCCCUGGGAGAGCCUGGACACGGAGGAUCUCUCCCUGAAAACUGCAGUGGAGAUGGAGCCAUCCAAGAAAUCCGACAGCACGGAGAGCAGGAAAUCUGAAAUCUGCCCCUGGGAAGCAGCAGAGCCCACGGGGUGGGAGAAGGAAAGCUCCAAAGCAGGUGUGCACCCACGGGGAGCUGACAGAACAUCCCACCCCGGGAUGGGAAAGCCAAAGCCGGUGGCAGGAGCCAGCGUUGGGUCUCCAACUGCCCUGCUGGAAAAAUCCAAGGGCAGCUCUGAUGGGGAGGCCAAGCACAAGCCCCUGUGCCGGCUCCUGCCUGGCAUCCAGCCCCCAGGGACGGGCAGCAGCUCCAGCCCUGGCACUGGCCUGGCUGAGGUUUGUCCCUGGGAAGCAGAAGAGGCUCCAUCAGCACCUGCCAAGCCCAGCACAGACACAAGGAAAAGCUCGGAGGUGUGUCCCUGGGAGGAGGAGAGUGUGGAUCCCACCCCGACCCACCACGGCCGGGGCAGAGCCAGGGGGACCCCCCGGGAUGGGGAGGGGGGUGAGAGGGAAACCCAGCCCGAGGUGUGCCCGUGGGAUCACCAGUAGCCCCAUCCCUAAAUCCCAGUGCAGACGUGGCUUUUGGGGAGGGAAAGGCUGGGGCUGGAGGCUGCUCCCACCUGCAGAGCCCCCGUGCUUGGCCCGAGGUCUUUGCUGGUCCAACACCAACGUCAGGACGUGUAAAUACAGCAAAUAAAGGGUGUUGUUACAG